GUCCCCAACCCCCCAGCAUGAUAUCUGCCGUUUGGAAUUUAUUAUUUAUCGAGGUAGACACUGAUAGCUUACAGACGGGAGGACAAAGGGCGGAGGUGCUGGGUAAGAUUGGCGUCCAUGGCCGGAAAUGGCCCGCGGCGUCGGGGGUGGAGCAGACUCAAGAAGAAAAUAUGACAGGAAAUGGAGGAAGUUGGGUCCUGCUAAGUCUUUUCCUUGUCUUGACAGUGUUUUGCAAUUAUGGUGGCACAUUAAAAUGUUAUUCCUGUCCUGUGAAUCGGUAUGCGUGCAAUACGAGUACAACUUGUCCACCUGAAAAGAAUGCCUGCCUGAAGGUGUCUGUUGGUGAGAGUCAUGUUUAUGACUGCUACAAAAUUUCCCUUUGCAACGAUGAUGCUAUUGCAAAAGAAUUUAAGAUCCCCAGCUUUAAAUUCAAGUGCUGCCAAUGGGACCUGUGUAACAAAGGGAUGGCCAACAUGGUCACUAAAACAACUCUUAUCCCUUCCUCACUGAUAGCGGUGAUCUGGAGCCUCUACUUUUAAUUGGGAUAAGUAAAGAGCAUCAUUUAAAAAUCAAAUUAACAUUUGUGUUUUCCUAUUCCUUGCAAAUGAGUGGAGAGGUGAAGUGAUCUAGUGUCAUUUAUAUUUCACAAAGUGCAUUCUUGUUGGGGAGAGGGGGGACAUGGAGGGAGAGCAAGGACAAUUGUAUCCAGCCUCUCAACAAAGGCUACUUGCCAACAGUUUCCAGUACAGUAGUUACUUUUUUCCAUGAACUGGACAGUGGCACCAUUCUUGUUCUUGGGAAACGCCAUUUGGGGGGAAAAUUGUGAACUCAGAAAUGAUGAAAGUACAUUUAAAUAGCUACAGACUUGUUAUUUCUGGAGCUUGUGUGGCUGCCUUGCAUUUUUUUGGUUGUUCUCUGUAUCCUCUUUUAUAUUAGCUCCAUCUCUGGAAUCAUAAGUUCUGUGUGUUUCCUUCAAAGUCUGGGUUCUUAGCCAAGUGGUUGCUUCCCUCUCUGCUUCUGAUCCCCUAACUUUGAAUGUUACUCCUUCUUAGGCAGAUGCUUUCAUCUUUAGGGGAAAGGCAGUGAUUUGUAGACCAAGUAUCAUUAGCCUCCUCUUUUUUUCUGUUAAUUCUCAAGUGCAGUCUUUCUCAUCGUGUAUAGUUGGCAUGAUGGCUUUCAAAGAGGAUUAGCAGAGCUGUUGUCACUCCGGGUGCAAUGUAAUUUAAAUAGCACCUCAAUAGAAAAUGUGGCUAGUACAUUAGGGGAAAAGAAGGUGCUAUUACAAAGUUAAACAAAUGUACCGAAAUCUUUGGAGGUGAAUGAUGUGACCAGAAUGGGUGUUAGAGCUGAAAACUUUAGCAUCUUGAUAAAUUUGAAACUGUAGCUCCCUAUGGGUUUCUUUUUGAAAUUGGAACUGAAUAAGGGCCAUGCACUUUGGGUACACAAACACAGCAAAUAACCAUUUUUGGAAAAUCUAAGCAGUUUUUUUGAAGUUAGUGACUUUGGACACUGCAGCUAUUAGGAAUUAAUGACUUACCAAGCAUGAUUUUCUGUAUUCAUUUUAUAUAUGCGCCAUGUAAUGUUGCUAAUUGAAUACAUUAUCUAUCCAUAUGCAUAGUCAGAGUAUAUUUGAACAGUGUAUUCCGUUGCUAACCUCAAGCUUCAAAACUCUAGUAAGAUCUACAUAUCAGCAUUAUAAUUUUGGUGCCCUAGCCAAUUGCCAAGAUUCUGAAAUCAUUUAAUUCCAUUUGUUUUAUAGCUAACAUAGUGUUUGUUGCACGAGAGAAUUCUUCUACAUGAAAGGGUUAUUAAUACAUUUCCAAGUGCCAUCAAUCAAUAGUUUUUAAGCACUUACUAUGCUCAAACUCUGGGCUAAGUGCUUGGGAGUCAACAGUAGAAUGAAUAUAUAUGAUCCCUACCCUCCAGUUUACAAUCAGAGGAGGAGAAAAACAUUAACGCAUUGAUUACCUACAAAAUGGAGGUAGAAAUUGAUUGCUUUUCAUCCUUCAAUCCUUGAUUUUUUUUUUCUUUUCUGUCUGAGGGUUUGAUAUUUUUUUCCCUCCAUGAGUUCCUGGCAGUUCUUUCCAGAUGGACAGAGUUACCACAAAUGUUUGUGUUUGAGAAAAAUUUUACCAGUAGAAUUCAGCUUUGCAAAGGAAGGCAGCAUUACUACCCCAGUUAAAUGUAUGUCCUUUUUUGAUGCAGAAUAGUGGAAUUUGUUUCAUCACUGGAAAUGUAACAAUAGUCUUUUGUGAAAAUAAAGUAGACUUAAAUGGA